CACGACAAUGCCAUUUCCCAAUAAAAACAGAACAACUUUCCCACUCCCACCACACACGCCGUUACAGGCCAAUCCAAUCACUCUUCGACAGCGCGUUAACGCCGUCUCUCUCCCCACCCUACUCUUACCGCCAACUGCCCGUUCCCCUUCCCCUCUCUCACACAUUGGUUAAGGGAUUGACCGCGGUUUAAAUUAUUGCACGCUCUUUUGACCACUCUGGUUAAGUCUCACCCUCUCACAACCCAAAACCACACACACCCUUCUUCUUCUUCUUCUUCUUCUUCUUCUAUUGCGCCUGCCACAACGAAUCAAUUAUUCGCUUGCCACUUCUUUUCUCACUUCCGAGCUUCGAGGUUAGGUCGUUCGCGUCAAUUCCAGACUUUCUGUGUUUGAAGCCGUUGUGGAAUUCCGCCAGGGGCUUUGCGGAUGAGAGAUCUGUGGUGAGGUCUGUGAAAAUGGCAUCAUCGGAGGUCACCAUGAAGGGAAAUUGCAUCAGCCAUAACGACGGAGGAACUGCCGAGCCUCAUUCGCCCAAAGACGCCGAAGCAGCACUUUUCAGGGAACUGUGGCACGCCUGCGCCGGUCCUCUCGUCACGGUGCCGCGGGAGAGAGAGCGCGUCUUUUAUUUUCCUCAGGGGCAUAUUGAGCAGGUGGAGGCGUCGACGAAUCAAGUGGCGGACCAGCACAUGCCGGUUUACGAUCUUCCGCCCAAGAUCCUUUGUCGGGUCAUCAACGUGCAGCUCAAGGCCGAACCCGACACGGAUGAGGUGUUUGCUCAGGUCACUUUGCUUCCGGAGCCAAAUCAAGAUGAGAAUGCCGUGGAGAAAGAGCCUCCGCCUCCUCCGCCGCCGCGGUUUCAUGUUCAUUCUUUCUGUAAGACUCUGACGGCGUCUGAUACGAGUACCCAUGGUGGGUUUUCCGUGCUGAGACGGCAUGCUGAUGAGUGUCUUCCUCCCCUGGAUAUGUCCAAGCAGCCACCCACCCAGGAAUUGGUGGCUAAGGAUCUUCAUGGGAAUGAAUGGCGAUUUAAACAUAUUUUUCGGGGUCAACCCCGAAGACACUUGCUUCAGAGUGGUUGGAGUGUUUUUGUCAGCUCCAAAAGGCUUGUUGCGGGGGAUGCGUUUAUUUUUCUUAGAGGUGAGAAUGGGGAACUUCGUGUUGGUGUCCGAAGAGCAAUGAGACAGCAGGGUAAUGUUCCAUCGUCAGUUAUCUCCAGCCACAGCAUGCACCUCGGGGUCCUUGCAACCGCUUGGCAUGCCAUCUUGACGGGGACCAUUUUCACUGUUUACUACAAGCCCAGGACCAGUCCCGCUGAAUUUAUUGUUCCGUAUGAUCAAUACAUGGAGUCUCUCAAAAAUAAUUAUAGCAUUGGGAUGCGGUUCAAAAUGAGGUUUGAAGGUGAAGAGGCCCCAGAGCAGAGGUUUACUGGUACGAUUGUUGGAAUAGAAGAUUCUGAUCCCAAAAGAUGGAGAGAUUCCAAAUGGAGAUGCCUCAAGGUGAGAUGGGAUGAAACAUCUAACACGCCUCGUCCCGAUAGAGUUUCCCCGUGGAAAAUUGAACCAGCUCUUGCUCCUCCAGCUCUGAAUCCUCUUUCAAUGCCCAGGCCCAAAAGGCCUCGGGGUAAUGCAGUUCCUUCAUCCCCAGAUUCUUCUGUUCUUACUCGAGAAGCAACAUCUAAAGUAAGCAUAGACCCUUCACCAACAAAUGGGUUUCCAAGGGUCUUGCAAGGUCAAGAAUUCUCGACCUUGAGAGGCAAUUUUGCAGAAAGCAAUGAGUCUGAUACUGCUGAGAAGUCAGUUGUUUGGCCACCUACAGUAGAUGAUGAAAAGAUCGAUGUUGUUUCUACUACUUCAAGAAGGUAUGGUUCAGAGAGCUGGAUGUCAAUGGGGAGGAAUGAGCCUACAUAUUCUGAUCUUCUUUCAAGCUUUGGGGCUAGUGGGGAUCAAAUGAGCCCUGUAGCUUAUACAGCUAGAAAGCAAUCAUUGGAUCAUGAAGGCAAACUUCAUGUGCCUCAUCCGUGGCCUGUAAUGCCCUCUAAUCUGUCACUGAACAUCUUGGACUCUAAUACAAAAGGUCCUGCACAUGGUGGUGAUACAACUUACCAAGCUCGAGGGAAUUUGAGGUACAGUGCAUUUGGUGAAUACGCUGCACUGCAUAGUCAUAAAGUUGAGCAUUCACAUGGAAACCUGAUGCCACCCCCACCCGCACCCGUAACUCAAUAUCAGAGUCCUUGUUCUAGAGAGCUUAUGUCAAAACCAGUGUCAGCAAAAGCUUAUGAUGCUACGAAACCAAAAGAUGGUGACUGUAAGCUAUUUGGUAUCUCACUUAUCAGUGGCCCCGCUGUAUCAGAGCCUUCUGUAUCACAAAGAAAUGUGAGCGAGCCUGCUGAUCAGAUGCAUCUGACACCACACCAACAAAGAACAUCUGAAAAUGAUCAGAAGUCAGACCACUCAAAGGGCUCAAGACCUGCCGAGGAUCUAGAGACUUCUCAGGUGCAUAUGAAAGAUGUUCAAGCUAAACCUCUCGGUGGUUCCGCUAGGAGUUGCACUAAAGUUCACAAGAAGGGCAUUGCACUUGGUAGGUCAGUGGACCUCACAAAGUACAGCGGCUAUGAUGAAUUAGUUGCUGAAUUGGACCAGCUGUUUGAUUUUGGGGGUGAAUUAUUGUCUACUAAAAAGGAUUGGCUUAUUGUUUAUACUGAUAAUGAAGGUGAUAUGAUGCUUGUAGGCGACGAUCCAUGGCAGGAAUUCUGUGCCAUGGUUCGCAAAAUUUAUAUCUACCCUAAAGAGGAGAUUCAGAAAAUGAGCCCGGGUACCUUGAGUUCAAGAAAUGAAGACAGCCAGCCGGCUACGGCUAGUGAAGGUGCAGAUGCUAAAGAUGUUAAAUAUCAGCAGCAUCAAAAGUUCAAUUCAGAAAAUGGCCUUGACGCUUAAUGAUUAGUAGAUUGAUUUCCAUAGUUUUCGGAUUCCGGGCUGGAAAGUAGGGAGCUAUGAUGAAGCCAUCCAGUUGAAGAACAUAACUUGAAGACAGGCUGACUGCUUGGAAUCAAUCAAUAUAUAGAUGGCAUGAAAGAGUAUCCGUCCAAUUUUGGAAAUCCCGGAAUUAGUAGUAUUUGCUUGCCCAGUUAUACACUCCUAGUCCUAGUAUUGUAUUCAAUUGUGUUUUGAGCGAGGUGAUAUGGGGUGAUAUCUGCCUUGCGUUUUUUAAACAAUCCCACCUUGUAGUUGUAGUUGUACAUAGUUCUUUCUCUCCCAUCCUCUGAACAACAACCCGUUAAUGUAAUGAAAAUUUCGUAUACGAGGGCGGUCUUAUGGUUGGUAUCCACUUUAUUUGAUUCUUAUUAAUCAUAAUUUGUGAAAUGAAAAUUGUGGAUACUCUAAUCUGCAUCAUGUAUAAUUAAAUUUUGUUCAUUUA